UUGAGUCUGACCAUGGGUAAUCCUUUUGUUUUGUUCUGCAGGUGACAACUGGAUGUAAAGGCUUCAUGGUUUAUGCAACCUGAGCUUUCAUUAUACUUUAUCAGUUUCCUAAACAGAGACUGGGUGUUGAACCAGUCUAUAUUUUGGUUAUGUUGUAGUUAGCAGUCUCUGCUGUGAGGGUUUUGGAAGACUUGCAAGGCUCAAUGUAUCUGAAGAAGCCCUACCUUCUGACAAGGAAUGGUUGACUGUAAUCUAUUCUAUGCAAUUUUUUCUGUGAUCCUAAUUUGUUUCGCUAAAUGGUUUUUGUGACAAUUUAGUUUCACUGUAUGAUAGUGCAUUACUUCUGUAUUCUGUUACCUCUCAACUGAAAUGCUUAUUUAGGUAGUCUGGUCUCUAAUAGCUGGUCCUAUGGAACACUUCACACUUCUCCUUGUUUAGUAGAUGAGACAAAAGGAGUCUUUUGACAAGAUGUGAAAGCUGCAGGUUUUUCUUAUCUCUAUCCCUGCUUGUUCUAUCCCCCUUGUGAACCAGAGAAGGAGAGAACAUCUUUAAGAGGAAGGAGGCAUAUAGCUACUCAGUGUCCGGCUCCUGCUUCAGUAUGUGAAACUGCUUUUUCGAACAGGUUUUAUAGGUACGUAGGUCCAGCCGAGAAGACUGCACAAAUUGACUUUACUCUCAAACUAGUGUAUUGUGUAGAGAAUUAGAAAAGCUGGAGAAAGAAGAAACUAGGUAAAUUGGCUUUAUUCUAAACCUAAAAAGCUUUUUGCAUUGUCAGCACAUCUUAGUAAUGUGUUGAAGAACGUUGCAAGUCAUCUCUGUCAGAGAAGAAAACAGAGAAAAAUAUACUUUUUUUUUGUAGUUUAUUUUUUCCAAAUGUUUUGAAGUGUUACUUGCUGUCAUUUAACUUGAGGAAGUAGUUAAGAUUUUAUCCUGGCACUGGGUGAAUAAAUUCUCUGUGUGCUUGUUCUUUCUGUCUUUUCUGAGGCUUUUGUAUACAAAUCUAUUUUAAAAGUAAAGAUCUUAGUUGUUUUCUACAAGUAGUUAAAACUACUGGCAUAGAUGAAAAAGAUACAUAAGGAAAAUCUUGGUCUUUUUUCCUGUAUACUUAAUAGCUAAAAAUACUCUUUCUCCUGUUUCAAUGUAUGUUUGUGUAGUCAAAGUAAUGAGAGGAUUUGUGUCUUGAUGUCUACUGAAUGACAAAUUCAUUAAAGUGAUGUAUAUGAGUCUUACCUUAGCUGAAUUGUGCUGACUUGGUGGUUUCUUCCUUGCGAUGUCUUAUUUAAUUUUUAAAAUCUCUUAAUUCUUUUAUUACCUACAUUAUUGGAAUUUUAAAAGGCUUUGUUAUGUAAGCAGACAGAACAGGACAUGUCAAUAUUUGUCUGUGACCACAUCCUGCAGAAACAUGACUAGUUAGUCCUGUUUUUUUAAAGAGACCUUUUUUUUUAAAGAUGAGCUCAGAAUUUUGACACAAAAUUCAUACACAGUUAAAAAGCUAUGUCAUUUGAGUGAAAACAUCAUGUGAACCAACAAUACAUAAAAAUAGCUAAGCAAAUAGGAAUUAAAACAUGUACAAUAACUUUCAGUCAUGAGGUAUUGUUGGUGCUGUUUUCAGAUGAGCAGAGGGAAAAGCUCUCAAUUGUUCUUAAGUCGGCUGGUAACUGAAUCCAUGUUUGUGGAGCUUAACAACAAAAGGCUUUUUGUUCACAAUUUGUGUUCAUCUAGGACAUGCCAAAUAAAUAGAACAUAGUUUAUAAGCAGGACAAUAUAACAUGUUGCUCAAAUGACUUACCAGAUAUCCAUAAUUUAUAUUGAAAUAUUUAGAAUUACGGGUAGAAGCUUGUUGGGAGCUUUUAAAUUUCUGCAUGGAUGAGCACAAUGUAAUUAUUUGAGGAAGCACACAUUGCUAUAUUUGAUGUGGCAGCAAGAUGUGCAACUUGAGCAAAACUCCUUCUGAAUAUUACUUGCAAUCAUUUCAUUAAUUUAGGGAGGCAAUACUGACUGGGUCAAUGCCAGUGGGUGCCUGAUAAAAGAAGCAACAAUGCCUUUUACUCCUGUGGUUCACAAAGAAAGCAUUCUAGAGAAAAUUAUUCUAUUUCUUUCCCCCAUGUUUGUUCAGUUCCCCUGGGUUUUGUUAUCAGAGUAGUUGUGUGACUGUCAUUUGCAUGCCAAGUAAACAUGAGUGACUUUCUCUGCUGGGCCAUUCAGUAACCUGCAUCUUCUCACUGUUGGUGUGGUACUUGUGCCUCCUGUGCUCUUCACAAGGAUCAGCAUGCUCCUUGUAGGGUGUUACUCCAGUCAUGAUGAAUGAGCACGAACACUGGUGGAACUAUAGAAGAUUUGGCAUGUAGCGGUGCUACAGCAGUCGUCCAGGCAGCACUCUGCAAACCCAGGCAAGAACGUGUAGCAAUAAAGAGGAUCAACUUAGAAAAAUGCCAAACCAGUAUGGAUGAAUUACUUAAAGAAAUUCAAGCAAUGAGUCAGUGCAAUCACCCUAAUGUGGUGACCUAUUACACAUCUUUUGUGGUGAAGGAUGAACUGUGGCUGGUUAUGAAGCUAUUAAGUGGGGGUUCAAUGCUUGAUAUAAUAAAGUAUAUUGUCAACAGAGGAGAGCACAAAAAUGGUGUGCUUGAAGAACCCAUAAUAGCAACAAUUCUUAAAGAAGUUUUGGAGGGCUUAGACUAUCUACACAGGAAUGGGCAAAUUCACAGAGAUUUGAAGGCUGGCAACAUUCUACUGGGUGAGGAUGGCUCUGUACAAAUAGCAGAUUUUGGUGUUAGUGCAUUUUUAGCAACUGGAGGUGAUGUUACUCGUAACAAAGUAAGGAAAACAUUUGUUGGUACUCCCUGUUGGAUGGCCCCUGAAGUAAUGGAGCAGGUGCGAGGUUAUGACUUCAAGGCCGAUAUGUGGAGUUUUGGGAUAACAGCCAUUGAGUUAGCAACAGGAGCAGCACCUUACCACAAAUACCCUCCUAUGAAAGUGUUAAUGCUAACGCUUCAAAAUGACCCUCCCACUUUAGAGACAGGUGUAGAGGACAAGGAGAUGAUGAAAAAGUAUGGCAAAUCCUUUAGAAAACUAAUCUCAUUAUGCCUUCAAAAAGAUCCUUCCAAAAGGCCCACAGCAGCAGAACUUUUAAAAUGCAAAUUUUUCCAGAAAGCCAAGAAUAGAGAAUACCUGAUUGAAAAGCUUCUCACUAGAACACCUAAUAUAGCACAAAGAGCAAAAAAGGUCAGACGAGUACCAGGUUCCAGUGGUCACCUCCAUAAAACAGAAGAUGGGGACUGGGAAUGGAGUGAUGAUGAAAUGGAUGAGAAGAGUGAGGAAGGCAAAGCUGCUAUUUCUCAGGAAAAGUCACGAAGACUGAAAGAGGUGGAGAACACAGAGUCUCAGCCUGCUGUUAGUGAGGAAUACAGUGAAGUUCCAUGUGCAGUGAAUCUUGUCUUAAGAUUAAGGAACUCCAGGAAAGAACUUAAUGACAUACGGUUUGAGUUUACUCCUGGCAGAGACACAGCAGAUGGCGUUUCUCAGGAGCUGUUCUCUGCAGGCCUGGUUGAUGGCCAUGAUGUAGUUAUAGUUGCUGCUAAUUUACAGAAGAUAGUAGAUGAUCCAAAGGCUUUGAAAACACUGACUUUUAAGUUGGCCUCUGGCUGUGAUGGCACUGAGAUUCCUGAUGAAGUGAAACUGAUUGGUUUUGCUCAGUUAAGUGUCAGCUGAUGUCUGUCCCUUGACCCCAAGCCGAAUUGUGAGAUUGCGAAAAAGCCAGCUUAGAUGCAAAGGAAAAUUAAUGCACCACACACUGAGUUCUGCUUCAUUAUCUAGCAAUUCACAAAGUCAGAACAAGCAAAGCCCACAGCUACACCGCUGCUGUUAACGUUCAAAAUGCUCCUAAAUGUCUCUUAGCAGUUGAUUUGGAUUCUCCCAAAGUGAAAAGCCUGUGGAAAUGCUCUCAGGUGGCUGUACUUAUUGGUUACAAAAGGAACUUUCUAUCAAGCUUACUUCUUUCAUAGACUUUGAGUGAUACUAUUUUACCUGUACUUGUGGUUGAUAAUACUGCCUUUGUUCUGUUACAUUUAGAAAUUAACAUACAUAUAAAAGUUUAGAAAUUUUAGCCAAACUUGAAUUCUAGUUCAAAAAAUGACUGUGAAUUUUAUUUUUCAUAUAUUUAUGCAUUACACCUACUAGUAAUAAGAAAAUUAUUUGACUUGAUUAUGUGCUAUUUGCAGUUAAUCUCCCACUAUUUAAAAGAGUCUUUGAAGUAUUUGGUAACUUCUAGGGGUUUUUUGAAACAAUUUGAUCUGGCAUUAGCAAGAUUUUGUUGGUUGUGUGUCAAAAAACAGUCCACAAACUGAUCCUCAAGGGAGUGGGAGGUGCCUUGCAGAUAUUAAUGUUUUAAGAAUGUGCCUGAGGCUGCUUAUAUAAAUAAUCUCAAUUUUCUAGAAGUACCAUACAUAUGGUACAAUAAAUAUAAAUAUUGUUAUCUGAGCAAGGAGGGGAUAUACAGUAGCAAAGGUGUUACGAGUGUUUUGACUAUGCUUUACUGGGGAGUCCAUGAGCUAGAGCUACUGUGAACUGUUGUUAAGGUAGAACGCUUACUGUGUCCAUCUCUGAUCUGACUUACCUGUAAUGAUAGAAACCAGUUUCAUACUAGUGAAUAAAAACCUGAAGAAUGGAACUGAAGCUUUAUUUGAAGUUCUGCUAAAUGCCAAGGUGGAGUGAAAAUAAUAGGGCUUUGUGCAAUGAUCAAGUAAAACUCUGUUACAAAGAAAACACUUCGACCCAAGUAGUCCUCUGCUUAACCUGUGACAUAGAUGUUAUGGAGCUAGGGAACCUUAGAAAGACUUCCACAUUUGGAGAUGUGUUUCUCAGAGGUUACACUUCAAACUACUUCCUAGUUAAUCCUAGAUAAGUGGCAGCUCUUUAAUGUACUGAAAAUGGCAAAUAUAUAUUGUUAAGAGAAGUUAUUUAUAAUGCCUUGUCAUAAUCGUUGAGGUGUUCUAGAACUAUUUGCAUAUGACUCAAUGUAAUCCCAUCCCAUCCUACUGUUUACAUGAUGAUUACUCCAAGAUGACUGCAAAGAUUAAAAAAAUAAAAUUAAAAUAAAGAUAUAUUGCACAAACUGA